GAUCGAGAGUGAAGAGCGUGCGUGGAGUCGUAUGUUGUGUCUCUAACUCAGUAGAGUGGUUUAUUAUUGUACCAAACAAUAGAACAUGGUGUAAGAAGCGGGAUACGAAUUUGCACCGGAUUUUUCUCGCCCUUCUUUUUUUUUCUUAACCUGACCAGCAGUUUUCCAACUUCAGUAAAGAGCUCCUGAGAGCAGAACAGUUGCUGAGCGAACGCUACGGUGCUGAAUAUGAGCCUGUUUCAAGUCCCACCACCGGAGAAAUUCACGUUCAAGGCUGAAGACUGGCCCAGAUGGAGAAAGCGUUUCGAGAGGUUUCGAAUUGCGUCAGGUCUGGAAACGCAAGCAGACGAAAACCAGGUGAAUGCGCUGAUAUAUGCGAUGGGGGAAGAAGCAGAGGACAUUUUGACCUCUUUACAUCUAAGCCCGGCCGAAGCGAGUGAAUUUUGCACGGUCAAAAACAAGUUGGACGCUCACUUCAUAACACGUAGAAACGUCAUCUUCGAGAGGGCCAAGUUUAAUCAGAGGCAGCAGGAGUUGGACGCAUUUCCCUCCCUUUCUUCCAAAGGUUAAAGAAGAAUUGAAUCGCAUGGAGCAACAAGGAGUCAUCUCAAAAGUGGAACAGCCAACUGAAUGGUGUGCACCUAUGGUGGUGGUGCCCAAGCGAACAGGCAAGGUGAGAAUAUGCACUGACCUCACAGAACUGAACAAAUCAGUCAUGAGAGAAAGGCACCCACUUCCCUCAGUAGAGCACACACUGGGACAGCUGGCAGGUGCCAAAAUAUUUUCAAAACUAGAUGCAAACUCUGGGUUCUGGCAGAUUCCACUUUCAAAAGAGUCUUCACUGCUUACCACCUUCAUUACGCCGUUUGGAUGAUAUUGUUAUAAUCGCUUGUGCUUUGGAAUCUCUUCUGCUCCCGAGCACUUCCAGAAGCGCAUGACACAAAUCCUCGAGGGUCUGGAGGGGGUUUUGUGUCAGAUGGAUGAUGUGCUCAUCUGGGGAGCCACCCAACAGCAGCAUGACGAGAGGCUACGCGCGGCACUGUCACAACUCCAGGAGGCUGGGGUAACACUCAAUGAAAAAUGUGAGUUUUCUAAGAGCAAAAUUAAGUUCCUGGGGCAGGUCAUCGAGGCAUCAGGGGUGAGCGCUGACCCUGAAAAAGUGAAAGCAGUAAAGGACAUGAGAGAACCCACUAACGUCAGUGAAGUGAGAGGACUGCUUGGAAUGAUAAAUCUCCUGGGUAAAUUUUUACCCCAUCUGGCCGAAAAAACCCGUCUGCUCAGAGAACUGUUAAGUCUGGAACUGGAAGUCAAAUAUGUGGGCCUGGGGGUCCCAACAGCAGGAGGCCUUUGACAGAAUUAAAAGGGAACUAACAACACAGCCUGGGUUGGCACUGUAUGAUCCAAAUGCUAAAACACUGGUCUCUGCUGAUGCUUCAUCAUAUGGACUAGGUGCUGUUCUCCUCCAAAAGCGACCAGAUCAAGAAUGGAAACCAGUAGCGUAUGCUUCACGGGCCCUCACCAGCACCGAGCAGAGGUAUGCGCAGAUAGAGAAGGAGGCGCUGGCCUCCACAUGGGCCUGUGAGAAGUUUGCAGAGUUUCUCAUAGGGAAGAACUUCCACAUAGAGACAGACCACAAACCCUUGGUCCCCUUGUUGGGCUCAAAAACAUUAGACGCCCUUCCACCACGAAUACAGCGCCUCAGAAUGAGACUGAUGAGAUUCGCAUACACGAUUUCGCAUGUGUCUGGCAAAAACAUUGCAACGGCAGAUGUGCUUUCCAGAGCUCCUGUAAGUGGCACAGCAGACGGUCUACAAGAGGAAGAGAUAAACCUGUAUGUUGACACUGUCAUGACACGUCUGCCGGCUACCGAGCAUAAGCUCAGAGAGAUCCAAAUUCACCAAGACAGCGACCCCAUACUUCUCCAACUUAAAACGCACUGUGUAGAGGGCUGGCCAGAUAAAUUCUCUGUCGAUGCGACGACCCGGCCCUAUCUGCCAUUCUCAGGUGAAUUCACUGUACAAAACGGAGUGCUACUAAAAGGGGAUAGAAUAGUUAUCCCAGCAUCACUCCGAGGAGACAUACUAAACAAGCUGCACGAGGGACAUCUGGGCAUAACGAAAUGUAGAGAGAGAGCUAAACAGUCGGUGUGGUGGCCAGGCCUUAGCAAGGAACUGAAACUGAUGAUUGAAAACUGUGAUGCAUGUGCGCGUGAGAGAACCAACCUAAAGGAGCUGAUGCUGCCUACAUUGUUUCCAACCAGACCAUGGUCCAUGGUAGGAGCAGAUCUCUUUCAGUACAGCAACCAACACUACCUCAUCAUUGUUGACUAUCAUUCCAGAUUCUUUGAAGUCGCUAAGAUGUCAUCCACAACUUCAGAAGCAAUGAUCCAGCACUUCAAAUCAAUUUUUGCUCGCCAUGGAAUUCCAGAGAUUGUGCGUUCAGACAAUGGGCCACAGUUUGCAUCGGAUUGCUUCAGACGCUUUGCACAGGAUUGGGGCUUUAGUCAUGUAACAUCCAGUCCUCAUUUUCCACAGAGCAAUGGGGAGGCUGAGAGGGCGGUGAGAACAAUCAAGAAUCUUCUAAAAAAGUCAAGUGAUCCCUAUCUCGCUCUCAUGGCCUACCGUGCUGCUCCACUGGCUAAUGGAUAUAGUCCCACUGAGCUUCUCAUGGGAAGAAAGAUUAGAACACCUGUUCCCGUCAUCCCGUCCCAACUCAAGCCAAAAUGUGUGGACUGGAGGAAGCUGAAAGAGAAAGAGAACACAUACAGACAAAAACAAAAACACAAUUACGACCGCAGACACCGAGUACAUCCCAUGACAGACCUUCAGCUGGGAAAGCAUGUGUGGAUAAAAGACACAGUGGAACGUGGCACAGUUGUGUCUUCUGCCAACAAACCCAGAUCUUACAUUGUGGAGACACCUGGGGGUACCCUACGGAGAAACAGGUUCCAUCUCUCUCCAACACCAGUGGCCCCUGAAAGUGCAGUCAACUUACCUGACAUGUCUACUGAACCAAACACUUUGGUAGAUUCAACAAGAACACCUGUCUCACCAAAGCCUCAAGAUCAGCAGCAGCAGCCACAGUGCCAAACAGCUGAACGCCGAUACCCUGUCAGAGAGAGAAAGGUCCCAAGUCGCCUAAAGGACUUUGUAUGCACUUAAAGAUGAGAUACAGAGAACUGAGUGGUUAAUGGGGCAGAAUAAUCCCCACACUCAGGAGAAGGGAUGGGCAGUCUACCCCACCCUUCUUUAGAAAAAAAAAACUUGUGAUGUUGUUUUGUUUGAAAUCGCAACAAGAACUGUAAAUAGUAAAAGUGAAAAUAUAUGUUGCUCUACAGGUUAUGGAAUUUGGUUAUCUAGUACGAUACCCCUAAAGGAAAGGACACUUUAUCUCAGAAAGGGGGAUGUAGUAUCAGGUCAUUUGCAUAGGUAGGAACCUUUGUAAUGUUCACGGGGGACCGGGGGGGAAAGAUAAUAAAGGAGGGGAGUUCGAGAGUGAA